AUGUCCGAGGACACGUUGCUGUUUGAUAAGUCUCUGGGCAGAAUCGCCUUCCUCUUCCGCUACGGUGGCCUGUCUUUGGAGAGCAAGGGCCGUACAACCGUUCAGACGGUCAAGACGCGUCUGCUGUACCUCUUCAACUCCUCGUGGCUGAACAUCGACCUGGCCGGCGGGAUCUACUGGUUUAUAGACGGAAUGAUGCACGGGAAGAGCUUCGUUGGGCUGACGUACAUCGCCCCGUGCAUAGCCCUAAGCCUGAUGGCCAAUUUGAAAUCCCUAUUCCUGAUAUUCAACGAACACAGGAUCGAGGAGCUGACAGAGAGCCUCCGUUCUCUUGAGCGAAUGGAGAGCGCCGUAAGAGUAAAAGAGAAGGACGAGAUCGUGGCAAACGAGAGGAGGUUCCUGAGCUACGUGAUCAAUAUGCUGAAUAUCCUCAACGUCGUACUGGUGUUCACUUUCUCCGUGAGCCCCUUGGUGCUGAUGCUGAUUAAAUACUUGAAGACGAACGAGGUGGAGCUGAUUCUCCCGUUCCUCAUCAUAUACCCGUUCAACUCCUACGAUAUACAUUACUGGCCCUUCGUGUAUAUGCACCAGUUCUGGUCUGAAUGCGUUGUUAUCUUGGACAUCUGCAGCGCAGACUACCUGUUCUUCACCUGCUGCAGCUACAUUAAGAUUCAGUUCAGGCUGCUCCAGUACGACUUCGAGAACAUCAUUCCCGAAAACUCUGGAACCGGUAUAACCCAAUCCGAAGACAAAGAGUAUAAGAAGAAAUUCGUAGAACUAAUCAGGAGACAUCAUAUGUCAAUACGGGCCACGAGCCUCCUAGAAGCGGUCUAUUCGAAGCCCACUUUGUACAACUUCGUCUCAAGCUCAAUGCUCAUCUGCCUCACCGGAUUCAACGUGAUGGCUAUAGAAGACGUCGCGCUCAUUGUCACGUUCCUGGUGUUCCUUUUCAUGAGUCUUCUCCAGAUAUUCUUCCUUUGCUUCUUUGGCGACAUGCUGAUGCGAUCGAGUAUGGGUGUGAGCAACGCUGUCUACAACAGUCGCUGGUACUCCGCAGAUCCAGGGAUCGCGAAGAGUCUCCUCAUAGUCCUGACACGCGCCCAGAAGCCGUGCAAGCUCACCGCGAUGGGUUUCGCAGACGUCAACCUUAUGGCGUUCACGAGCGUGCUGAGUACCUCUUGGUCGUACUUCUGCCUUUUGAACACAAUGUACACGCCGUCUAUU